AUGAAAGCUCUUAUUCCUAAGAUUGCUUCACAGACACAAGUUACUGAAUUCCGUCCUAUUGAUCUCUGUAAUGCGCUCUAUAAGAUUAUCUCCAAGACAGUUGCCAAUAGAUUGAAGAAGGCCUUGCCCCAUGUGAUCUCAAAGUUUCAGACGGCUGGAAAAGCAGGACGGGGAAAGCUUGUGUUGAAACUGGAUAUGGCAAAAGCUUAUGAUCGUGUCGAAUGGACCUUUCUAAACCGCACGACGCAUACUAUGGAAUUUCCUGCUCGUUUUGUCAAUUUUAUUAUGGGACGUAUUACCACAGCUUCUUACUCGGUGUUACUUCAAGGGCAACCUUUUGGGAAGCUUAUCCUAUCCAAGGGUUUGAGCCAAAGGGAUCCAAUUUCACCCUACUUAUUCUUAUCGUGGCUGAGGGAUUCUCUGCUGUUCUCCACCAAGCUGAAGCCUACUCAAGUUGAUAAGUUAAAGCGUAUAUUCCGCAUCUAUGAGGAUGCUUUCGAGUCAACAGAUUAA